AUUGACUGAUUCUGAACACAGAGAAUAAUGUAUAAAACUAAUUUAUCCUUUAAUUGUCUUAGUUCUUGUUAAAAUAUAUUGUAUUAUACCUUAGUUUAAGUGUAAUAAUGCCUCCGUUUACAUAAAAGUGAAACAAGACAGCCCGUCGAGUGCUACGCGGCCAUUUUACUUGCAAUGCGGCAACGGUGUAUGAUCCGCCAUUGGAAACGGCUAGUGUCCUUUUCUGAGUGCAAGAUUUGUAUUUUGUCGAUUUGUUCGACAUAGAAACAACGGUGAACCAUGUGUGAUAAAAGUGUAGUGCGGACUUUAGUGUAGUGAAGCACGGUGGUCGGGUGUUUCGAAUAAUGUGCGAACGAUGGAAAACGAAGUGAAGCAGCGCAAUCAGAGAAACAGGCGAAGGGAGCGGGCACAGCGCAUGCAAGCACAGCGAGAGAGUAAAGUUAAGGAUGGGGACAGCGGCGAGGACGAGUCUCCGGCGAGAGAAAAGCCACCUCGUCCUCCGGCCAGGAGAAAGAAGUCGAGGGAGCCUCUCGGAGAGGAGGACAUCAUUGAUGGUUUCGCCAUAAUGGCAUUUCGCACAUAUGAAGAUCUCGAGGCUGCUGUAAAAUGCGCUUCCUCACCUCGUACCAACGCGUUGUCAACCAAACCAAGACUACCGUUGGCUGCGCUUGCAGGCGAUGCAACCCGCAACCAUGCAACCGCCAACGUCAAUUCACAUGGUAUAACGCUGCUUCAAGACGCUGGUACGUCGGAUGAUAGUGGAAGGGCAUCCGAAAGACUCACGGGCAGUUCGGUGGCACCCCGCGAUCCCGAUUCCUCCCGCGAUCGUCUUAGCGACGCCAGUAGCCGCUGUAGUUCCGGAAAAGGCUAUAUCUGUGAUAGUGAAGGCGACGAUGACAAGGCGAGUCCAGAAAACAGCAGAAAUGCUUCACCAAGAUAUCACGACGCAUCAAUGGAUGAUGCGUCGGACGCCGGCUCUUUGUUCCGGGUAACGGGUGCGGGUGGCGGCGGCGGCGGCAAGAAUGAGCUAGUAGCGCGGGGUGGGAGCGGCGGCGCAUUGGCAUUGUCGCGAGCGCCUGUUGGUGGCAGUGCCAGCCCUGCACCCGCACCUUUGCCGCAACCUGCACCGUCACCUGCGCCCGCAGCGCUACCUCCACCCGCACUGCCGCCGCCUCCCUUCCGAGCAGAUACUCCACAUCGCCCCAACGGUGCUCACAUACCAGCCAUCGAUGGCCAUGCUGCAACACAAAUCCCAGCACGACCCGUCGGCGCAGCAGGCCCGGACACGCCGGAACGACCCGCAAGCAAUAAUAAGCUGCAGCCGGGAGCACGUGCAGCGGCUGAUAGCCCGACCCCGGCACCGCCUGCACCUCCAGCUCCUUCGCCGCUCUUCCCCUCGCACACUGCCUACCAGGCACACGCUGCUGCUGCGCUUCCUGAUUAUCGUCAUACUAAUCACGAAACGCGAACCGAGCAACCUUCUGCUGAACAGCCACAUGCUCCUCUCGAUCUCCAUGCGCAUCACGCCGCACCGCGACCGCCACACAUGGCGUCACCUGCGACGCCUGCAUCCCACCCUAGUCUCCCUACCCGUGUACCCCACACCCAGUCGCAUCCUGUAAUGCCCGGCCAUGAUGUUCGAAAUGCUUCCCCAGCAUCACAGACUCUUCCUUCCGUUCCUACCUCGUUCCCCAAUCGUAUUGUGUCAAACGGCGUGCCACAGAGUAUAUCGUCGCAAUUGCCGACAGCGUCUACUCCUAGUAGUCUUCCGAGUCAAACACAAACAGGUCGAUCUAUGUCUCCCUCGCUUGCAUCUCGCCCAUACCCUACGCCUUCGAUCGCGUCUAGUCAUGUAAACUCGAGUCUAAGUUCCAGUAUUCACAGCCAUUCGAUACCUUAUCAAGGUCAAUCGAGUUUACAGAAACAUUCCGUACAGCCUGUUUAUGCUAGUCGAUCCUCGCAUCACACGGCAUUUAGCGUGGCGAACCACAUAUCUUCAAAUCAUAUGUCUUCUUCAACAUCUAAUCCGCCAACUGCGACGCAUUUUAGCCAUCCUCUUAUAAGCCAUAGUAUUAUGAGCCACCAGAAUAAUAUGCAAAUGAAUAAUACGAAUCCAUUGUCAACAUCUGCGCCAAACCAUAUGAGCUCGCCUCUUAUUUCGAGCGCAACGACCACCAGUACUAUGUCUAGUUUUACACCGAGUCUUAAACAUUCUGGAUUGAGCAUGCCUCCCCAUGCGGCUCCAUUAGCACCGGCUGUGUCGUUACAUCAGCCAAUGAACCAUAUCGAUCCAUCUCCAACAUCUAAUGCACCAGCAAUAUUAACUCCUGCGUCGAGCAGCAGCAGCGUGAGUCAUCCACUGGCACCACCGAUGGUAGACUCAAGGCAAUUACCAGUCGCGAGUGAAGUCCCAUCUCGCUCAGAGAGUUUUGCUAUAAGCUCUGCGAUGGCAACUAACGGCUACCCUCCGCCUGCGGUGUACACGGGCGGCUCAUAUCCAACAUUGUACGCGCCUUACGCUCCUACGUUACAACACAGUCCCUACCUGCCUCCAUCUGCUGCGUCACCAAGAAACUCAGCUGAUACGCGGACGAGUUUGUCGGCAUCGCCGCUAGUAGCACCUAAAACUCCAAAAGGUCUAAGACCACACACGCCAGGCUCAUUAGGCGCUGCAGGAUCACACGCCCCGCUAUCUUACUCACCGAGAGGACACAGUCCAAACAGGGAGCGAGAAAGUUUUAGCAGCAACAUUAGCAGUUUGUCGCGCAGCACGCCAGCGACUGGUGGCACAAGUGCGGCACCGACAGUGUCUUCAGCGCUGACUGCACCACUCGCGGCGCCGCUCGCCGCGCCUCUGGCUGCUCAGUUACCUGGUCCAGUUCCAGCAUUGGGCAGUUCUUUGGGAUCAUUAAACACCGGUCUAAGCUCUCUCGGAGGCCUGACGGGCCUCGCUGCGCCAACACCGACUGCGCCAACACCGGCCGCUACACAUUUAGCGCAUUCGCUAGCUCCAGUGCCGACUGUGCCCAGCAUCAGCUCAAGCGCCAAGCCACCCGCGCACUGGGGGGUAACCAGGCCGUCGGCUGCGGAUCGGUCGACCGGGUUCGCGCCUGCCCCGCCUUUGUUUGGCGCGCCUCUUGGUCCGCCUAACCCGAAUCCUUUUUCAGCUGAGUCACUUUUUCAAACAAGUCCUGGCGCGGAUUUAUUACGUCGCGAGCUAGACAACCGGUUUCUGGCUGCGGCAGGAGCUGUCGGCGUUCGUACCGAGCUACAUCACCACCAGCAUCAACACACGCACGUGCACCAACACCCGCCGCCGUCGUCGCACGCGCCGCACGCCCCCCACGCACCGCACGCGCCGCACGCCCCCCACGCGCCGCACGCGCCUCACGCGCCUCAUGCGCCGCCCGGACCACACCAUCCCCAUCAGCUCCUGGUACCGCAUGCACCUUUAUUCAAGGAUGUUGGAAAGAUGACAUCACUGUAUCGAACUGGUAUCGGCCUGGGUUACCCAUACUCAUCGAGUCUUUUACACCCGACAGCGCCUUAUGUGCCACCAGCACCGCUUACAACAUAUGCACCUAAGCCCGUAGUGUCAGCAGCAAGCGACUCCGCCACUAAACCACCACCACGUCCUGCUGUUAUGAAAACUGGCAAAUGGAACGCAAUGCAUGUGCGAAUCGCCUGGGAAAUCUACAACCAUCAACAAAAGGAAAAGUCAGGAGGGGCUAGUGUAUCUGUCAGUAACGCUGAAAAGGAUAAACUUCGCGCAUUCCCUACACCAGCGCCGCCGCCGCCGCCGACCUAUCGCUCGCCUUACGAACUGCCCCCAGGCCCAUACCUAUCUCAUCACGCACCCCUAGGUAUCGUCCGGUACCCCGCGCGGCCGUCUCUCACAUCCGCUUCUCUAGGAGCGCCCUCUGACCGACAUUUGGGCGUUUCAGGGGUAUCACCGUUCGGGCGGUACGGCGUCGGUGCCUAUCCCGGCGCGCCCACUCCCUUUAGCCUCUCGGCGUACGGGCGCGAGCUCGCCCUCUCGUCCUCGCUCCACGGCGUGCACCACGGUCCGCCUAUGGGCUCAAUACACGAUGCGUGGCGUGGAGUGCGGCCGCCAGUCUCCGCCGCUGCCGAAGUGCGUCGCGAACACGAGGAGCGCGAGCGUGCGCGACGCGAACGUGAAGAGCGUGAACGACGAGAUCGCGAGGAACGAGAGCGACGAAAGGCCCGCGAACAACGUGAACGCGAUCUCGAAAGAGUACGAACGCGUUCUCCUCUACGAAAUGGAGUCUCGGAACCUUCUAAGGAUGAUCGCAAGGAACCGCCGCGCCCGCCGCCGACUCUACCUGCCUACCCUCCGCCACCCCACUGGGAUCCUUAUCGCGCCUUUGAUCCAUUACAACAUAUGAGGUUCGCACCGCUAGUCGAAGCGGCGAUACGUGCAGAAGAAGACCGAGCAAAAAUGUUAAGCGCUUACGCGCACCAUCAACAGAUGAAAUCGAGCCCAUUAAUGCACCGAACCCUACCGGGCGGCCCACUUCCGCCAUUAGGUGCGCAUGCGCCGCUGGCCCCAUUGGCACCUCUGGCCCCCUCGCUGGCCCCGCUGGCGCCGCUCGAUCUGCUCAAAAAAGAGGAACCGCGAUGAUAGCGACCGCCCGCGACCCGCCGCUCCCCGUGUACAUAGCGUAACUUAAAUGACAUCGCCGAGUGAGAGUACGACUAAUUCGAAGUGUAUCGUUUCACAUUAUCGGUAUAGAAAAUUAUUUAUUGUAACGUCGCUUUCGAAAAAACGGUCGCUAGUCUCGCCAACCAUCUGUCUCGGCACGUUUGACUCUUAGUGUAAUAUUAAAUCGUAAUGUAGCUGAGUGAAGUCGUUAAGAGGACGUGUCGGUCAGGAGCGAUCGACGGCGAGGCGACCAGCGGCUAGCGGAGCAGAUGAAACGAGCGAUCGCUCAAGUGUCAUGUGCAAUAUAGGACGAGAACAAGGGCGCCCGACGCGCCGGCCUGUACACUACUGCUUGUUUAUUUACAUGAAAAUAUCUAUCGAGUUGUUAUUGUGACCAUUAUUAGUUAAUUAUACAUUAAAUCGCUGAUUAUGUGAAGGAUAGGAUUAUCGGAAUCGCUAUCGAUAUAAUUAUACAUAUUUAUAUAUACCUAUAAAUAAAAUGUAAAUAUUAGUUUGUAAAUUAGUGUUAAAAUAUAGAAUUGGUUUAUUUAACGUCAUACAAAGGAAAAAAUCCCAUAAAUUAUUAUUCUACCGGGAGUUUAAUUUACACUUCCGUUAAAAAUCUCAUAAUGGUUUUUCAAUUGUACCAGUGGUGGAUUAUUUAUUUAUUUAUAUUAUACUUUCUUUUUCUGUCUUCGAAUAAGAUUGAUUACAAUUUCGUUACAUAUUAUAGCAGAUGACAUUUCUUCUUAAUGCAUUUAAAAUAUGUGAUAUUAUUAUAUUGUGAAACAUACAUUUUGUCUGACUUUAAAGUAGUGUCUAUUUGCAGCUAGAUAAUAUAUUAACAGUAAUAAAUUAAAUCAUAUUAUCGUGUUAUCUACUUCCUAAACUUAUUUUCAUAUUAGUUUCGAGGAUAAUAUCAAGCUGACAAUGCUUCCAUCUAGUGUUUUAUGGUUUAUAUUAAUAAACUCUACAUGUGCCAUUAAAAUCUAAUGUUAAUGCACGUUAAGUCAGACAAAAUUGAAAUUAUGAUUAUUAUAACCUGUUUUAAGGCACAUUAUUAAUGAUUGUGUUCUCAUGAUUUCAUGAAGGGUAACUCGGAAAAGUGUAUUAUAGUUUAUACAAAAAUCAUUCUGUAUACUAAAAGUAAAUGAAAGCUUGGUGCGAUUCAGAAAAUACCAUUAAAACUUUUGAUUUUUAUACCAA